AGACGACCUUCCCCCACUUUAAUUCGACAACAGCUUGUUAAAAAAACGACCUUUCCCUAAAAUCUACGGAGCUAGCUGCAUUCUUUGAAUAUAAACGCAUCCACUGCACUGGUACCUGAGGGAGCUUGAGCUAUGGCGGAGAGAAGACUAAGCACGAGUGGAGAGUCACUGUACCAACUGCUGGGAGUACAGAAAGGGGCCAGUCCAGAGGAGCUUAAGAAGGCGUAUAGAAAAAUGGCCUUACGUUACCAUCCCGACAAGAACCCGGACAACCCAGAGGCAGAGGAAAUAUUCAAGGACGUGAAUAAUGCAAAUGCUACUUUGACGAAUGAAACCAAGAAGAAGAUCUACGAUCAGUACGGAUCUGUGGGACUGUCCCUGGCGGAACAAAUCGGAGAAGAGAACAUCCCUAUCUACAUGCUCCUGGAGAACAAGUGCUUCAAGGCGUGUGUGGCGAUCACUUGCCUCCUCACUGGCUGUUGCUUCUGCUGCUGUUUCUGUGGUUGUUGCUGUUGCUGCUGCUGUUGUGGUCUCUGUGCACCAAAGAGAGGCCCGGAGGAUGAGUGGGGUAACAUAAGACCAGAGGACCUCGAGGAUGAGGCCAUCUCCACACAACCUUAUACCGACUACCAGACUAUGCAUGACUCCCAGGCCGAUGUCAUCUCCGUGGAACUGGACGAGAGUCGCAUUGAGGGGGACAAGACGGCCAUUGAUGAGACUGAAGACCACACCCACUCAUCUGCCGAGAAGGAGUCUUCUAUGGUAGAGGACGAAUCACAUCGUCUGAUUCCUAUAAAUCAAGAUUCAUCCUAGUUUAGUUACACUGUGUGAAAUGGAUUUAAUAGUUUUGUUUUGUUUUAUUUACCGAGUGGCUUGUUUGGACACUAUGAUUUUAGCAUGCUACAGCAUCACUGUGCACUUAUAAUUAUUAAGAAAAUUCUGUGAACAUUAUGAAUGAAUUUAUUGCAAAAUG